AUGCAGAGGGAGAAGUUCUCGUGGGCAAACGGCGGCGGGGUGAAGGAGCGCCCCUAUCGGUUCGGGGACUUGUUCAUCAACAAGCUGACAGUGAAGGACGACUACGAGUUCGGAGAUCUGUCCCGCUGGGUGGGUGGCAAGCUGCAAGAGGCGGCGUGCCAGAUCACGGGCAAGGAAACGUACGAGUUCGGCGACCUCACUAAGUUCCUCGAUAGCCGGGCGAAAGAGGAGGUCUGCAAGAUGACUGGCAAGGACGAGUACCAGUUCGGCGACAUCUCCCAGGAGAUAGCCCGGCGGGUCCAGGCGGGCGAGGCUCGGGGCUCGAGAGACGGGGGUCGCUGCAAACGGGGGGGGGUCAGUCUGAGCGCCGGCUCUUGCAGGAUCCUGCAGGGCCAGGGUCGCACUGGCCCGGGUCGUGGGCGCGGGAUCUUGCAGGAUAUUUUUUGCAGGGUCCUGCCACGCCUGACUGACCCGGGUCUGGCCUGGCCCGGGUCGGUGGAUCCCCGAGAGGUGAGCGGAGAGGACAUGUGGCUGCUCCUGCGCGUGGUGCUGACGCUGGGCGCAGGCCUCACGCCGGUGGCCAACCUGCUGCCGGUCAGCUUCCUGCUCGGCCUGUACACGCAGGCCCUGGAGGCAGAGGUGGGCUCGCGCGCGGCGGGCGGCGUCGCCAGGGCAGUCGCGGAGGAGCUGGACCGCCGUGCCAAGGGCGCCAUCCUCGGAAAGGGCAACGAGGAUUACGUGCUGGGCGACUGGACCAAGGCGACGCUGCAGAGCAAGGUUCUGGAGAUCACCGGCAAGGACACCUAUGAGUUCGGGGAUCUCAGCAGAGCGUUGGCCAGACACGUCCGGGGGCGCCUCGAGCACUGCCCGGCAUUUCUCUGGACGUUCCGCGAGGAGUCGAAGGGAGAAGACGACGCAGCUGAGGGUGGUGCUGCUGCGGCGGCGCAGUCACAGCAGUCAGCAAUGGACGCCGCCCAGGCGCUGAAGCUGCUGGGCUUCGCCGAGGGCACCGUGAAGACCAAGGCCGACCUCGAGAAGCUCCGCGCCAGGAGCAAGGACCUCUUCAAGAAGUACAUGGGCGAGAAGCGGGAGCACCACGCCAAGCGGGUGAUGCAGGCGUUCGAGGUGCUCAAGACGAAGUACGGCAAGCUCCAAGAGGGCGGCCUGCAGCGGUCGAGCUCGAUCCACUCCAACGGCAGCGGCAAGCAGGUCGAGGGCGCAGAGAAGCCGACCAAGCCUGCCCAGGCAGCUCAGGCCUCCAAAGCCGCCCGCGCCGCCGCCGAGAAGCCGCCCGGGGGAGCCCCCGAACGCCAGCGGUCGGAGAGGCAGCGGGCAGAGCGGCUGGGCAGUGCGGCCAAGAGCUUGUCCGUGUCCGGGUCCGCCUCGGUGCUGCCCGGCGCCGCCCUGACGCGGAAGCGCCCACACGCGGAGGCCGCGAGGGCCCCGGAGCAGCCGCUGUCGCGCAAGGCAUCCAGCAGCCGGAGCCUCGGCAAGCUGGGCAGCAGCGGGAGCCACCAGAAGCGGGCCAGCAGCAAGAGCGUGGGCGGCAGCCUCCCCAAGAAGCCCGCCAAGCCACAGGCGCCCGCGGCCCCCGAGCGCGAGUCCUACCUGACCUGCUCGUGCGGCGAGAGCUACCGAGCGAAGCGCUUCCCACGGUCGAUCCAGAAGAUCUCCGGCUUCCUGUGUCCUGCCUGCCGCGUCCGGCAGAUGGACCCUUUCAACAAGGUGCUGGACGCCAAGAGAGGCUUGCUGAAGCUGGUGAUGGUGCAGAAGCCCUACGUGCCUGCAGAGGCCCGCCAGGAGGGGAGCUUCCGGCUGAAGUUCAACGUGCCGAGGCUCAGCGAGUGGCGCAAGCAGGGGCACAGCAUUGAGGCGCGCAUGUGUUGCCUCGACACCAUCAGCGCCACGCAGGCCUGGUCUGAGGGCCUGGUCAUCGAGAUCAACGGGCGCAAGGCCGUGGACAUCAAGCCGCCACAGGCGGGUCACAAGCGCAGGGACGUGCCCACGAACAUCUCGGCGCAGCUGAGAUCUGGCAACAACGUGAUGAAGGUCACACUCAGAGACGACUACGUGCAGAGGUUUGCAAUCGCGUUCGUCCGGACGAUGCCACAUCCACCCAAGGAGAUGUGCAAGCGCGUCCCCGUUUUGAAGGUUGACGACUGCAAGCAGAAGGUGGUGGACCUCCUUUUUUCGUCUAUGCUGGAAGGGAAGAGCAAUGAGGUUGAGUGUGACGAGGGCUCCAACAUUAGCCGCCUUGUGUGCCCCAUCACAAUGGGCCGCAUCGCCACGCCGGUGCGGGGAACUAAGUGCCGUCACUUGCAAUGUUUCGACCUGGAGGCCUAUCUCGUCUCCAACCUGCGAAUGGCUGCUUUCAACAAUCGGUGGCACUGCCCCGUCUGCAGCCUGCUGGUCAUGCCUCCCAAAGACCUUUUCAUCGACACCUACUUGCUCGAGAUCCUCGGGAAGGCCGGAGAGGAUGCCGAAGAGGUGAGCUUCGACGCGAUGGGCGACUGGACUGUCAGUGGCACCGCGGCGCCCGACGUGGACUCCGAGGACGACGACGGUGCUCCUCCUCUGUCGGCCUUUGUGCCAGUGCCCACCGUGGAGCAGGCGGAGGAGGCCGUGCCAGUUGACGAGGUGGACGUGGUGGCCCGCCCCUCGCCUUCUCCCGUGGGCGCCUCGCCCCAGUCGCCCACCGACGCCGGGCUCGCCUCCGGGCCGCUCGCCCUCGGGAGGUCGGACACCGCGGAGAGCUUCGCCGCGGGCGGGACGGCCGAGGCGCUGGACGACGGGGUGUCUUCGGACGGGGGCGAGCGCCUGAAGGGCCAGGACGGCUCCGACUGCGAGGACUCCGACCUGCUGUCGGACGACGAGGAGGGCAAGGACGCCUGCGGCCCGCCCCAGGCCUCAGCGGAGGGCGGUACGGCAGCGGGCGAGGCAGCCACGGCGCGCGAGGACGAGGGCGAGGCCCCCGCCGCCGCGCCCACGGGGUCGCCCACGGACGAGCUGCAGGGGACGGCGUCGCCAGAAAUGCCCUGGGCCCGGCCACGCUUCACCAAGAGCCCGAUGCCCUUUUCGGACGCCGGCAGCGACGCCGGGAGCGCCCUGGAGAGCGACAGCGAGGUGGACCUCGUCAGCGACGGCGGCGCUGCGGGCAGAGACGAGCCAGGGACGGCCGGCGAGGCCGCGGGCUCCGGGGAGGUGGAGGAGGCUGCUGCUGCGGCGGAGGGAGGGCCUGGCGCGGCCGCGGCCGCGCCCUGCGACGCCCAGCCCGCGGCGAGGGACGAAGGGCGCCGCGGCGAGGCAUCCGACCCGGCGGCGCCGAACGACGACACAGUCACAGCCACAGUCAAGCUGGUGAAGUUCAUGGUGGACAACACCCAGCUAAAAGCAAAGUCUCCUGGCCUCGGCUAUCGCUUGAGCAAGGACCCCAAGGACAUGGCCCCCGGGAAGCCUUACGUGAAGUGGGGCGAGAUUGUCGAAGGUGAGCUCGACGGACACUGGCUGAAGGUUGGGGAGAUGUAUUUGCCCCUCAGCUCGAGUGGCGCGAAGGUGCUCAGUCUGGUUGAGACGCACGGAGCCGGCAGCCCCGCGGCUGUGCCCGAUCCGUAUCUCGACCUCACAGCGCAUUUAGAUGCAACUGAUGUGGCUGCAGCCGCUGCCAAGGCGGCACAGCAGGCAGUCAGCUGUGGAGCCGCCGAGCAGGCCGCAGUACUCCCCAAGGCAGCGGCGCCGCCGAAAACGCCAGCCUCGGAGGGAGUCAGCGGUGGAGCCUCUAAGCAGGCCGCAGUGCAACCAAAGGCAGCGGCGCCGCCGAAAGCGCCAGUCUCGGAGGGAGUCAGCGGUGGAGCCUCCAAGCAGGCCGCAGUGCAACCCAAGGCAGCGGCGCCGCCGAAAGCGCCAGUCUCGGAGGGAGCCAUAGCGCUUCCAGAGAAGCUGAAGGCUCUCGACGCCGACCGGGCGCUCCUGCUCAAGAUGCAAGAGGCGAGAAAAGGUGCUCAAGGAGAGUCCGCCCUCAAGCGGGCGAAGUCCGGAGAUUCGGCUGCUGCAAAACCGGCAGAGGCCAGAUCCCCCACAGCGGCUGCUGGCGCGCCAAGGCCUGCCGCCGCCGCCGCAUUUGCGGCAGCUGCUGCAGCAGGCGCUGCAGCCCGUGCAGCUGCAGCGGCAGCCGUGGCGGCGGCAGCUGCGGUGGUCACGGCCAGCCCGGCCCCACCACCGCCAGAGGCCGCAGAGACCACUGCGCCUGCCGUCCCGCCGUUGGCGCGGAAGCGAUCGAGGCUCCUGGCGUGCGUCGACGAGGAGGAGGACGACAUCUGA